GUGACGGAGGCGGGAGAGUUGUCGGAUUACCACCGACAGUUAGUGGCAGCAAUGAAAAAGAGUUACGAGGUGGCUGAGAGCGCGCGGGAGCGAGAGCAGCUCCGGCAAGCGCACUACUACAAUCGGAAGGCGAGGAAUCGGCGCGAGUUUCAACCAGGUGAUCAAGUGUGGCUGUACCGGCCGCCACGCGGAGCUAAGGCGAGUAAAUUGGUUCAUCAAUGGAUGGGGCCAGUGAAGAUUAUCGAGCCCGCGGGUUUUGAGAACUUUUUGGUCGAACGAGAAGAUCAGAACGGCGUGCCAGAGCGAUUUAUAGCUCACGUGUCGUUUCUGAUCACCCACUACUAUCCGGCGGACUUACUGAAGCGCGCGGCGGUGGAUAUUACAAGGCAGUUGGAGUAUGAAGAUCCGAGCGAGCCCGGUGAAGAUGUCCCGCCAUCAAGCACGACUGCUGGAGCAGCGACGGCGUCUGUGCAGGCAGCAGCGGGAGCAAGAAUGGCAAAACGUAAGGCGAGAACUGUGGGCCGUGACGAAGCCUGGCGAGUCACGAGUGGUGCAAUGGUGGAGAUUCGAAGACGACGACGUCGAAACAAGGCUCGAUGUUACGUCCUCGAGUACGAAUUGCGGCCCGUGCGACGCGACGAGUGUGCUGCGGGAGCUCCCGAGAGUGUAUGGGUCUCCAGUGCAGUCUACGACGAGUUGUUUGCGGCGACAGAGUCGUGGAAGACUCUGAGUUGGAGGAAGACGUGUAACGAGUCGGAAAGUUACGUGGACCACGUGGGUGUCGAGCCAGUUGGUGAUCAGUCGCACAAAUGGCACACGGGCGGCACGUCAGGUCUGGGAGACGAGGUGGAGGAAGCUGAUAUGGGCGCGGAGGCUGACGUGGGCGCGGAGGCGGAUGGCUGUGGCCGCGAAAGCCUAAGCUGGAACGGAGGACGGGGUGGAGUGGAACGGAGUCGAUGUUGGAGGAACAGAGAUAGUGGGGUGAGCUGAGUUGAAGUACCGUGAGGCAGCCGCGGCGUGAGGUACCGAUGCUGAGAAGCGGCGUGAGGCGAACGAGCGGGGCAGCUCACUUUUGGAUCUGCGGCUUGGAGCACAGUCCUGACACGAAUUGCGGUGGAAGACGCAAACGGAGUGGUAGAGCGCACGAGAUUUGACGUAACAGUCGACCAAGUGUGCGAACGGAGUGGAAAGAGCGUACGCGGUUGACGUAACAGUCGACCAAGCACGUGAACGGAGUAGAAAGAGCGUACGAGGUUGGCGUAAUAGUCGACCGAGUGCGUGAACGGAGUAGAGAGUACACGAGGACCGGCAGACGAAAGCUGUCCGAGUGUGCGAAACGGAGAGCGAGCGAAGCAGGGAGGCAUACGAGCAGGGCCAACCCGCUUCGUGAGCGACUACAGCAAGCGGCGCACGUGGUGACUGCACGGGCAUCGUUGACGACUCGAGUGGCGUGGCGAGGAGCUCUACGGGGCACCUGAGGUCUGCGUGAGUGAGGCGGGUCGGGUUCGGUGUAGGAGAGCCCGUGUGACGAAGUAGCGCAGCGGCGUGAAAGGCUGGUGCUUGGAAUAGCAUUUGGAGGUUGAGUAGGAGUACGUUAGCGAGUGAGGCUAGUGUUACGUAAAUACAAAUAGGAACGGGCGCGAAGCGAACGUUCCGGCGCAGAACCAAAUGGUUUCUGUCGGCCAGUAGCACGAGCACGUUCGUAGACGACAGACGACUUACAGGGCGAACCCCCAGCGCAGCACUAGUGGAGCAAUACGAUCUGCCCCACGGCCGGACAAGAUAAUUGGCCUGU